AUGAAAAAGAACUCAUUCUCCAUCUUCCCUAUCGUAGUGGCAGGUGUCUGUUUGGCUGUCUUUGUUAUGACAGCUGAGGCUGUCAAGAUCUCUCACCCCAAGUACAUCAAGGGCUCCUCCAACACUGUUCCUGGACGUUACAUUAUCAGCUUCUCUGGUCAACAACAAAAUUCAGGUACACUUUUCACACAAUCUUUCACCGAAGAAUUCAAGAGUGCCGAUUUGAAGGUCAAGGAAAACUUCAAGCACGAUUUCUUCAACGGUAUCUCUGUCGACAUUGAUACUUCUAAUGAGGAAAUUCACACUGCUGCCCUCAAGUCUCUCCUCGAUAGAUCUGACGUUGAAGCUAUCUACCCUGUCAGAACCAUCGAGCGUCCCAAGGUCACUCUUGGCGGUAAGGGCUCCAAGAAGGCCCCCUCAGUUUUGCCUCACGCCUUGACUCAAGUUGAUAAAGUCCACUCUGAGCUCAAGAACAAGGGUAAGGGUAUCUUUGUUGGCGUUCUCGAUACAGGUGUUGAUUACUUGCAUCCUGCUUUGGGCGGAGGCUUUGGUAAAGGUUUCAAGGUCAUCAAAGGUUAUGAUUUGGUCGGUGAUGCUUACACUGGUUUGAACGCUCCCAAGCCUGACAGCGACCCUCUCGAUGCCUGUGGUGCUGCUUCUGGAGCUUCAGGCCACGGUACUCAUGUCUCUGGUAUCAUUGCUGGUUAUGACAAGUCUACUAACUUUACUGGCGUUGCUCCUGAAGCUAACCUCGGUAUGUGGCGUGUGUUUGGCUGUAAGGGUAGUGUCACCAACGAUAUCGUCAUCAAGGCUCUUUUGAUGGCUUACGAUGCUGGUGUUGAUGUGAUUAACUUGAGUUUGGGUGAAACCAACUCUUGGUCCAUCACUACCGAUGCUGAGGCUGAUGUUGUCAACAAGAUUGUCAAGAAGGGUGUCAGUGUUGUCAUCUCUGCUGGUAACUCUGGUGCUGAAGGUAUCUACACUGUCGGUCAACCCAGUACUGCUAUCAAUGCCUUCUCUGUUGCCUCUGUUGAGAACGGUUACUACGUUUCCAAGGACCUCAAGGCCACUGGUGUUGAUCAUGAUAUUCUCUACACUGCUGCCAACGAUGAUUCCAAGCUCGCUAACGGCCCCAUUGUUUAUGGUGACAAGUCUGGUGCCAAUACUGGUGAAGCUUGUACUGCUGGCUCAAUUGAUUCUGCUGUCAGUGGCAAGAUUGCUCUCAUCCAAAGAGGUAGUUGUGCCUUUGCUGAUAAGGUCAACAAUGCUGCUUCUGCUGGUGCCAUUGGUGUCAUCAUCUAUAACAAUGCUGCUGGAUCUAUCUCUCCCUCUGUUCCAGGUGUCACUAUCCCCGUCCUCUCCAUCUCCAACGCUGAUGGUAAGGCUCUCUUGGCUGCUAUCAAGGCUGGUACUGUCACUCUUACCUUCAACAAGAAGGGCUCUCUUCAACCCAUUGAAAACGCCAAGACUGUCUCUACUUUCUCCUCUACUGGUGCCUCUGCUGAACUCAACUUCAAGCCUAACAUUGCUGGUAUCGGUGGCAACGUCUACUCCACUUUGCCUCGUUAUCUCGAUAGCUACGGUGUCAUGUCUGGUACCAGUAUGGCUGCUCCUUACGUUGCUGGCUCCGUUGCCUUGUACUUGAACGCCCACAAGAAGGAGAAGAAGCCCAUUGCUUACAUCAACGAACAAUUCCAAAACUACGCUUACUCCACUAACGUAUACCAAUCUUCCAAGCUUGAUAACCCCAUCCGUCAAGGUGCUGGUCUUGUUCAAGUCUAUGACACCAUCACCCAAAAGACCCACAUCUCUCCUGCUCAAAUCAGUUUCAACGACACUGCCACCACCAAAUAUAGAACUCAAACCAUCACUGUCACCAACCACGGUUCCACGACCAUUCAAUAUGAAGUUGUUAACGAUGUUGCCACUGGUGUUGCUCCUUAUGAUGUCAAGGCCUCUGGUUACACUCCUCUUGAACCCGCCGGUAACACUGUCGCUGCUGCCAAGUUGCGUUUCUCCAAGAAGACUUUCAAGCUUGCUCCUGGCAAGUCUCAAAAGAUCAAGGUUACUGUUACUCCUCCCAAGACCAACCCCAAGGACCAUAUCUUCUAUGGAGGUUUUAUUCACAUCAAGUCCAAGCAACAAAGCAAGGGUAAGGACCUCAAGGUCCCUUACUUUGGUGUUGUUGGUAAGCAAAAGGAAUUGCCUAUCUUUGAUACUGGUUUCCCUACUAUCAUUGACCAAAAGAGCAAAGAAUAUGGCCAAAAGGACACUUUCACUUUUGAUCGCUCAGUUGCUAACUCUGCUCCCAUCUCCGUUUUGCGUUUGUUGACUCCCUCUCCUAAAAUCAACGCUGAACUCUUGGAUGCCAAGACCAACAAGGUCCUUGGUCAAUUCGUCACUGGUCUUAAUUAUGUUGGCCGUAACUUCCUCACUGGUGAUCAAGUCUACACUCAAAUUGCUUGGGAUGGUACUUAUGUCCCUGCCUCCAUCUCUCAUGCUCCCCUUCCUAUCGCUGCUGUUGAAGGUACCUACAAGUUCCGUUUCACUGCUUUGAAGCUUCUCGGUAACCCCAAGGAGAAGAAGGAUUGGGAAUCUUGGACUUCUGGUCCUAUUGUUGUCAAGAACUAA